AAUUCCGUGCCAAUCUCGCCACGCACGCGUCAAAUUUGACAUUUGUUCAUUGAGGUUUGGGGUUUCGGUAAAAUUGUUUACAAAAAGGGGCACAAGAGACACCCGUUUGUUUGGACUUUGAGUGCCCUUGCUUGUGUCGGUAAAUUUACAGUAAUGUGGGCGUCGGUUUGGGUGUGAGUGACAAAGUGUCCCAAUCCGGCCCUGGUAAAAAUUCUAAGAUGGUUGUUAAGAUCCAGAUGAAGCGCAACGUUCGCAUCCUCCUAGUCGGGGACCGCGGCGUCGGCAAGACCUCGCUCAUUCUCUCGCUGGUCAGUGAAGAGUUCCCGGAAAAUGUGCCCAGCAAGGCGGAGGAAAUUACCAUCCCGGCCGACGUCACCCCCGAGCAAGUGCCCACGAAUAUCGUCGAUUACUCGGCGGCUGAGCAAAGCGACGAGCAGCUGAACGAGCAAAUUAAGAAAGCCAACGUUAUUUGCGUGGUUUACGCCGUGGACGAUGACGACAGCAUUGACAGGAUUUCCUCGCACUGGAUGCCCCUCAUCCGGCAAAACCACCCAGACAAGCCCUGCCCUGUGGUCCUCGUGGGCAACAAGAUCGACCUGGUGGACUAUUCCACGAUUGACGGCGUUUUCCAAGUCAUGGACGAAUUUUCCGAAAUAGAAACAUGUAUAGAGUGUUCAGCUAAAACUUUGAAAAACAUCUCGGAGAUGUUUUACUAUGCACAGAAGGCCGUGCUUCACCCAACGCCCCCUAUUUACUCCGUGGAAAAGGCUGAUCUGACUGACGCGUGCAAAAAGGCUUUAAUUCGGAUUUUUAAAAUCUGCGAUAUUGAUUGCGACGGACUUUUGAAUGAUAUUGAACUGAAUAAUUUCCAAAGUCGGUGUUUUAAUGCCCCUUUACAGCCCCAAGUCCUUGAUGACGUCAAAGCCGUCUUGAGGAAAAACAUCGACGAUGGGGUUAGUCAUAAUUGUGUCACGUUGAAGGGCUUCUUGUAUUUGCACACGCUGUUCAUACAAAGGGGGCGAAAUGAGACCACCUGGACAGUUUUAAGAAAGUUUGGUUACAACGACAACUUGAAUAUGUGUAAAGAAUAUCUGUUUCCAAAUUUGAAGGUACCGUCUGGCUGUACCACGGAACUGUCCCAUAAAGGGUACCAAUUCCUGACCCACAUAUUUGAAAGGUUUGAUAAAGACCGCGACCAUGCGUUAUCACCCUCUGAAUACACUGAACUUUUCUCGACUUGUCCGACCCCUGCGUGGCCCCCCGAUGUGAGUGCAAUGGUCCCAACCAACGAAAAGGGUUGGAUCACAUACCAGGGUUAUAUGUGUCAAUGGGCGCUCAUGACUUUGGUAGACCUGCCCCGAACCUUCGAGUAUUUAGCUUACUUAGGUUACAACAUUUACGAGAAUGAAAGUCAGGUAUCAGCUGUACAAGUAACGAGAGAAAAGAAAAUUGAUUUGGCGAAAAAACAGUCGAGUCGAAAUGUGUAUCAGUGUCACGUGAUUGGACCAAUGGGGGCGGGGAAGUCCAGUUUCUGUCGGAGUUUUAUUAGAUCGCCUACUGAACAAAAAAGUCCCCACUUGGAAAAUACAGGAACGCCCACUUGUACAGUUAAUGUCGUGCAGGUCUACGGUCAGGAAAAAAUAAUGGUGCUACGUGACAUUAAUGUGAGGAACGUGUCUGACCCCUUAUUGCCUCAUGAGGUUCAGUGUGAUGUUGCUUGUUUGGUCUAUGACAACAAUAAUCCAAAGUCGUUUGAAUAUAUCGCACGUAUUUAUAUUAAAUAUUUUGCCGAGAGUAAAAUACCGGUUUUGGUAGUCGCAUGUAAAAGCGAUUUGGAGGAAGUAAAGCAGGAGUAUUUAUUACAACCGCUUACAUUUUGUCAAAAAUACAAAGUACUGCCACCUCAGAAUUUUUCAGUUAAAGGGCACAUGAGAAAGGAUGUGUUUGUCAAGUUGGCAACAAUGGCUGCUUUCCCUCGGUUUCAAGCAGCUUGGAUUUUGUUCUACAAACACAGUCCUUUACGCCGCAUGGUUCAUAUGUUACUGUUGCGCCCACAACCAUCAGAAUGGUUUAAUCAGUUUUACAGGAAUUUGAGAGAAUUCGGAAUACUUCCUACGGAUACGAGGACGUGGUGGAAGGCGGGAUUGAGUCUAGCGGCAGUUACGGCAGUCGGUCUAAUUGUCGCGAAAGUUUUGCAUAGUUCUGAUAAAGUCAGAUAGUUUGAAAGGCACGAAUAUUUUCUUGUACCAAAUAAAGGCGGAAAUGAUCAGUGAA